AUGGCAGCGUAUAUCAACCUUAACUUGCAAGGCUUGCGGGUUCAGCGAGAGGUGCGUAGUACCAUCAUCGUCCGGCAUGCACGGCGAAAAGCGCUCAUAGACGUAGAAUCUACCUUUGAUGUUUUGUACUCGCAGGUUGCCCGAGAUUGGCAACAGCGGGACGACCUCCUCACACCCUUCAACGACCGCCGAUGGUCUCACGUUAGAGCGGUCUGGACCUUUGACCUUGAUCGCGAUAUUCUGCGAUUGGAACAGACAGAUCGCAACCUCUGGGUUUCUCUCGACCUUGUUCGCCAGCGUUCCAUAACCAUUUCCGAUUUCGAGCCUUGCGAACCACCGCCGACACUUGCCAAGCAUGCCUUGCAAUCCGUCUACUCAGCACGCCGCCCAGUGGUGUUCUGGAAAAUGAGACGCAAGAACAUCGACCUGCCGCGCGUACAGGGGCGCAAGGCUUUCGUCUCUAGGAUACUUGCCGACUUUGCAUUUCAGUGGAGGCAUGUCCUUUGCGGUCGUUACAACAACUCUACGUUCCGGAGGCUUGCCAAUGCUAUUGUCAGGAUUGUUACCCUGUAA